AUGGUAGUUACGAAUGUACAAGAAUAUGCGACUGCGCUAGCCAAUGCGAGAAAUACGAUGCAACCCUGGAGAGCCGCAUUUUCCCGAUUGACUGGUGGGAUUGAGGACAAUGGGAAAGUGAACAAGAUCCUGCCCCUUAUUUCAGCCCCCAGAUGGCGAAAACAGAGAUGCUGCUGA